CGAAAAGGGAACAGAGAAGGGGUGUGAGACAGGCUGGAGAUGGGCCCUGGCAGAGACAGCAUGUCCCAGAGCUGCCUGACAGCUCCCAGCCUGGCAGCAUGGGACACAUAAUUUGGGGGACAGGGAGGCUGCUCCAGCACCUCUGCAGAGGCAGUGGGCAGCUGGGUCACAUCAGGGCUUAGCAGGGCAGUGCAUGCAAUAGGGACAGCAUGAGAUGAGAUGGGGUAGCAGUGAGCCCAGGGCUUCAUGCUGGCAUUGCCAACACACCAAAGAGCUUCUCUUACCUGACACCAAGUGACUUAGGAAGCAGGUUGUGGAGACAGAGAGAGAGAGAGAGAGAAUUUAGCAAGGGAAUAGCAAGGGGGCAGAGGGCCUUUCCCUUCCGCUUAGCCUCCCAUAGCACUGCAAGGGCCUGCAGGCAGAUGGGCCAUGCAGGGGUUUGGCUGGGCAUGUCCUCCUGUGUGUGUGGGGAAAGGGGACUGGGUGUGUCUGUGGCAGUGGGUAAUUUCCGAGGAUGGGGGCAGGAGGGGGGGGGAAGGGGUUUCUCUGCAGUCACACCCCACCUCUGAGCUACGCUGCUUUCUCCCACAGGUCUUCCCAGCAGAAAUCAUCACAGCUGUGGGUGUUGCCCCUAGGAGAGCCAGUUUAGCCCCUUCAUUGUUGCCCCUGUGCCAGAGGAGCUCUCUGUGGGACAGCUCCAAUGGGCCGCUGGGUGAGCCUUGUGCUGAGCCAGUGCCUCAGUGCCCAUCAGCAUUUUGUGCCAAUCAGUCUGUCCCUGCAUCCCAUGUGCGGAGGGAUGGUGUCCUUUGUGCUGGGGGGAUGCACCGGGACAGAGCCAGCCACCUCUGCACUCCAUGGAGACAGAGAGGAAGGGUCCCCAGUCCCAGUCCCAACCCCAUGGAAGGCCAGGCAGACCCUUUCCUCCACAGCUUCCAGCCCUGCAGCCCCACCAGGCAAUGAGGUCCUUGCCUGCACCAUCUACAGGCCCUGGUUCUCACUCUACAGCUACUUCAUGAGCACCAAAGAAGCCACCCAGCAGCACCUGGGAAGCCUUUCCUCCAGCACCCAGGAGUCUGAGGAGCCUGACAACCUCUCAGAGACUGUCUGCUCCUUCUCUAACUCCUUGGAUGAGACUCAACCCUGGGAGAGUGGCCGAUUGGCCAGCAGCAGUGUCAGCAUCACAGUUGGCGACAUCCUCACUGUUUCCCAGUGGCAGCCAGUGCCCCAGCAUGGCUACUGGUGUGUGUCAUGCUGCCACCUCUUCCCUACGCUGUGGUUGAUCAAGACCCACAUCCAGCACAGCUUUCAGGAGGGCUACAGCUGCAAGGUGUAGUACCGAAGGCUCAAGGUCCUGCGGGAGAAGGAGGAGAAGGAGCAGAAGGCUCCAGCCCCUGGGGUGCUCUCCCAUAUAGCUCUCCACUAGCCAGGCAGCUGCCACGGGAGGGCACUGUUCCAUCACUCCAGCCAGGGGCAGAAUAAACUGUUUCAGGAGCAUCUGGCCCCGUAUUCCUGUUGCUCUUGCCUACACUACACUUCUGUCAUCCUUUUAAGAGAGGAUUUUUCCCAAUUUACAUUUCUUAGCAGCCAAACAUCUUCCAAGCCCCUAAAAGCACUGCUUAGCACCUCUACAUCACCAUGGGGUACUCUGCAGAUGCUGGGAACCUCCCAGCACCCUCGAGCUGCUGGGUCAGCCCCAAGAUAAGCCUGUCCUGUGCAGUGGCUGAAAGGGAAGGCUAAACGCCCCCUACUCCCAACAACAUUCAGGGCACCUUGCUCUCAUGGGCAUCCUGCAGCUCGCACUGCAAACAAGGGUCCUGCAGGUGAGGAUGCUUAGGUUGGAGAGGGUGCAAGGCCAAGGGGUGCCACUGCCAAUGCUGG